UUGAGUUCCUGCUGGAAGGCUGCACCUCUGUUAUCUGGUUCCGGGCUCUUCCACUGUGGAUUCUGCUCCAAACAGGUCUUAGGGUUCUCGGCCUCCAUUCCCCAUUUAGAGUGUAGUGAGAAGGAGGGCUGGGCCUCUGGGGUCAGGUUCCCCGGUGGAUGGAUCGGGAGACUCGCACCUUUGCCGAGCGGCACUACCGGGACCUCGAGGGCCGAGUCCCUGGCUGCGGGGGGCCUGCACCCAGCAGUGUGACCUUCAUUCAGUCGCCGGACGCCUUCUCGUACGCCGACUUCGUGAAGGGCUUCCUGCUGCCUAACCUGCCCUGCGUGUUUUCCAGCGCCUUCACCGAGAGCUGGGGCAGCCGGCGGCGCUGGGUGACGUUGGCGGGGAAGCCUGACUUCGAUUAUCUGCUGCAGAAGUAUGGAGACGUGGUUGUACCGGUUGCCAAUUGUGGAGUGCGGGAGUACAAUUCAAAUCCCAAGGAGCACAUGCCCUUCCGUGACUACAUUAGUUACUGGAAGGAGUACAUACAAGGAGGCUGCUCCUCCCCGAGGGGCUGCCUCUACCUCAAGGACUGGCACCUGUGCAGAGACUCCUUGGUGGAUGACUUGGAAGAUAUAUUCACCCUGCCUGUGUACUUCUCAUCAGACUGGCUGAACGAGUUCUGGGAUGUCCUCAAUGUGGAUGACUACCGCUUUGUCUAUGCGGGGCCCAGGGGCACCUGGUCUCCCUUCCAUGCGGACAUCUUCCGCUCCUUCAGCUGGUCAGUGAACAUCUGUGGGAGGAAGAAAUGGUUGUUCUUCCCGCCAGGACAGGAGGAGGCCCUUCGUGACUGCCAUGGUAACCUGCCCUAUGAUGUGACUGCCCCCGAACUCCUGGACACUCGCCUGUAUCCCAGGAUGCAGCACAGCAGUCUACCCCUUGAAGUCAUACAGGAGGCUGGUGAGAUGAUUUUUGUGCCCAGCGGAUGGCACCAUCAAGUGUACAACCUGGACGACACCAUCUCCAUCAACCACAACUGGGUCAAUGGCUGCAACCUGGCUCACAUGUGGCGCUUCCUGCAGCAAGAACUCCAGGCAGUACAGCAGGAGGUCAGAGAGUGGAAGGACUCCAUGCCUGACUGGCACCACCACUGCCAGGUCAUCAUGAAGGCCUGCACGGGGAUCAAUUUUGAAGAAUUUUACCAUUUUCUCAAGGUCAUCGCUGAAAAGAGGCUUCUGGUCCUGAGGCAAGAACUGAAGGGGGAUACAGGGGCCAGCACAGGCCUCGGGCUGGGCCUGCAGCAGGCUGCAUUUGAUGUUGGCCGCCUUGCAGAUGUGCUGGCCUCUGUGGUUGCACAUCCUGACUUUCAAAGAGUGGACACGAGCGCAUUCUCCCCACAGCCAGAGGAGCUGCUUCAGCAGCUGGAGGACAGCGUGGCUGCUGCUGAGGCCCUGUAAUGCUCCACAGGUCAUGAUGCAGGAAGAGUUCCGGAGGCAGCCUCUUGCCCUGGGGCCCUUCUGAAGUACAAGCUACCCUUCCUUGAGGCUUAGGAUGUGCCCCAAGGCUGUGCAGGUGCAGUUCUGCAGGGUGGGCAGACAUAGUUUUGCCCAUCAAGUGCUGUUUUCCAGCAUCUAGGCCCUGAAUCUUGAGGAAGGUCCAGCCAUAAUGGGAGUUUAACUCAUGGGGGCUAGAGGGAUGUUCACCUAUUUGGCCUAUGGCCUGCCAAGAACUUGAAUUGAGUAGUGAUUAUGAAGCCAGGUUUCCUUGGAGCCUUCUAGCCUCUCCUAGAGAUCCUAGAACUCUGGGUAAGGCCUCCUGGAGAUGUUUUUGGAAGAGCCACUUGAAGCUUAGAGCACUGACUUCAAGGCACAACUGGUGGUGCCCUGCGGAGUGGCACUAAUGCUAAUUAAUUUACCCUGUGAGCUGCAGGUUCUACAGACCAGGUAUGUGUAAGAACUUGGAUGGGGGCAGGGGCACCUGUAUCUCUGCCCUGCCUGCCCCACGGACUACUGGGGAGCUGCGGAAGCUCUGGCUAGGAGGAUAUCUCUUGGUCUUAGAAUAAAGGGGAAGAAAAAUUAUUUAUUUAUUUAUUUAUUUAUUUAUUUAUUUAUUUAUGCCCUCAAGCUCUUUGCCAGAUAAACAACACCUCCUGUUUCAGAGUCUUUACCAGCAGGUUUUGAGACUGUCCAGGGAGUCUCAAAACGUGACCAAGCACAUAGGCUUGCCCAGGCUCUGCCUUUGAGCGCCUGGGUCCUUUCCUAUGUGGAGACACAAGUGGCCCAGUAACUUAAUGGGGCAUACUCCAGAUUUGCAAAAUUAAAAAAAGUUAACACCCUGGGCCUUGUGUGACAGACACUAGCUACUAUUUCCUCCCAUGACCGUCGUAACUAGAAAUGAUAGUUAAGUCCCCAGUCAGAUUAACAAGCCAGGAGGGGGCACGUGUUACACAGCUUGGCAGGUAAAGGUGCUUGCUGUGCAAGUCUGUUGACCUGCGUCUGAAGCCUGGAAUCCAUGUGAAUGUGGAAGGAAGUGUCGGGGGAGAAGGAGCCCCUUCGUCUACCUCACAGACUGCCAAAACCCUUGCUUACACCAAGGCUGCCACACUUGGAUGCUUGUGUAAGGCCCUGUGCUCAGUUGCUGUCUGUCCAGCCUUGGACUAUUACCACUCUUGUUGCUGGCUCUUACAGCCAAAACUUAGUUUUUUUGUGAUAUAAUAAUCUCCUUAUUUUGCCUUUGCAACUUCCUGUUUCCCCAACCACCCUGGGUACAGCCUUAGUUUACUGACACUUGUUCCCACUGUGACACUGCUAUUUACAAGACGUAACGUUGUUGACAUAAAUAUCCUCCACCUAGUUACCCCACACGUGUAAAGUGUUAAUGAAAUGACACAUCCGAAUCUAAUCUCAAGAAGGGCUUCCUCUCUGCAAUGUGGUGCUCCUGGAUCCAGCCCCAACUAUUGACCAAAGUGUUCAACCUCUAUUUGGAGAAAUGGAGACAAGCCCCCACUCCUCAGGUCAGAAUCUGACUAAGGGUGAUGAGUGGGCUGCAAGGAUGUUCUAAACAGUUGAGAUGGAAUGAGAAAAAUGAGCAGAAUGCAGGUAAGAACACUAAUGAUUUCAUAUGAAGGAGAGAGCUGUAACCCUCUCCCCACCGAUCUGGCUUCUGUUCCCUCUAGUCAGCAUUAUCUAACUGUGAUUCAGAAAUACUAAUUAAAUGAAAACAAAUAUUUUGACCACAUUCAUACAACCUAUGUAUAUUGUUACAGUUCUAUUGUGACUCUUACUGUCCUUUAUAAAUUGUGAUAGGAGCCAGGUGGUGGUGGCACACACCUUUAAUAAUCCCAGCACUCGAGGCAGAGGCAGGCAGAUCUCUGAGUUCGAGGCCAGCCUGGUCUACAAAGCGAUUUCUAGGACAGCCAGAGCUGUUAAAGAGAUAAACCCUCCCCUGAAAAAAAAAAAAAAAGGAAAAGUUUUAAUUCUAGGUUGAGUUUUUAUUAAUUUCAUCCAAUCCUAGCUGAAAUGAAUAUCUAAGAAUUAAUAGAUUAUUGCUGAGGAAGGAGCAACAGAUGCUAAAAGAUAUUUGUUUAUAAAUGCUGCUGAACUAAUCCAUCGUAGGGAUUUUGAUGCCUUGACUUUGAAAUUUGGAUCUAAGGACAUGAUACUUUGGAAAGGAGUUUCUUUUUUUGUUUUCACAGAGGAUGAGACCCUGUUCAUUUCUUCUAUUCCAAUAUGGUAUGAUGGAUCACGCCCUCCUGAAUGGUUGCUGUGAAUACCUUCAGAAAAUUGCUUCGCUCAACUGCCAACAGAUGAAACUAGCACACAGGUUAUACCAUGAAAGACCUAGUUAACGACGCCCCCAUUCAGCAGGAAGCAGUUUGGAGAGAAAAAUCUGCGCCCAUAUUCCCAAAUAUUGUUUAUAAAUGUUCUUUUACAUUUAAAGGGGGAGAUGAUAUAGGUAUGAAUAAUUUACAUUGAUAUGGAUUUUGCUUUAGUGAUUUAAAUUUAAGGUUAAUUUUGUAAUGCAUAUAGGUUGUUAAUGAAUAAUCAUUAAUAAUAGUUAAGUUUGUAGUCAUGUUAGUUAAGAUUUUCUAGAUGUACAUAGAUAUAUUUUAGAUAGCCAUUCUUCAUAUUUUUCAAAGAUUAUAGAAUAUGGCAUUUUAAAUGUUUUAACAACUUAGGGCUUUUCAUGACAAUGAGACACUCUGCUCCUGGCAGCACCAAUCUACUUCAAGAAGAAGAUGGGCAUCGAAGAGGAUCCUUAUGGAGUUUGAUAGCCAUUUGGGCAAGAAACUGCUCUUGCCUGGACUACUGCAUAAACUGGACAAAGAGAACCUGCAGAGAGAGGACUGCUGAACUUGCCUAAAGGUGAGAUGAUCUUUCGGGUUCCUGAUUCAUGAGAGAGCCUGCAAGACAUUCUUCAGGACAAGCAGAUAAUGACUGCCUUUGAAAUUUCCUGCUUUGUGGAAAUGUCUGCUGGAAACUAUGGGCCUGUAGGCCGAAGAUGGAUGCCCCAACGGUACAGAGGAACUUUGGGUGACUGUCCAGGCAGCGAGAUGUCUCUGUCAUUUCUAGAGUUUGAGAGUUUGCUUAUUUCUUAUUUGCUUAGGUAAUAUUGUAUCUUUCUGGACUGUUUGAUGGAGUUAAGAAUAGUUAGCUAUAGUUAUAGUUUUCCUUAGUUAUGAUAUAGAUUAUUGUAAUUUUUACUUGAUAACUGUUUUGUUAUAUGUAAUUUUGCUAUGUAAAGUUAAAGCCUUUUUUUUUGUUUAAACAGAAAAAGGGGAAGUGAUGUGGGAGUGUUAUAUCAAUCUGUUGAUUUCAUUGGCUGAGCAAUAAAAGAAACUGCUUGGCUGGCCCAUAGGUUAGAACAUAGAUGGGAGGAGAAAACAGAAUAGAAUUCUGGGCGGAAGAGGAAGUGAGGUCAGACUCUGCUCUGCUCCCGGAGAGACCCGACAGCUCUGCUGGGGCAGAGACGCCAUGCUCAACUCUCCCAGGAUGGACAGAGGCUAGAAUCUUCCCGGUAAGCGCACCUUGGGUUGCUUACACACAUUACUAGAAAUGGGCUAGUCCAGGUGAGAGAGUUAGCCUAGAAGAGGCUAGAUAGAAAUGGGCCAAGCAGUUAAAUGAAUACAGUUUGUGUGUUGUUAUUUCGGGCAUAAGCUAGCCAAGCGGCCGGGGUGUUGGGGACGCAGCCCUGCUGCCGCUCCUAUUUCAACAGAUGGCGCCCGAACAGGGACACUCCCACAUCAACUCCUAAACCCACUAAAGGAAAAGGGACCAGGUGGAAUGGGCUCUAAAUAAAAGCUUAGACCUUGAUUCCACUUGCAAAGUUUGGUCCAGAGUUUACCCAUGAUUAAAUUAGCUUAUGAACAGAUUACCUUAACCUGUUCGUUCCAUUUUGUCAUAAGUAUAAUUUAGGUUUGUAUGCCAAAGUACUUUAUAGUACUGUAUUGCUCUGUGUACUGCUUAGUUUUUAUCAACUUAAUGCAACGUAUACAUAUCUCAGAAUAAAGAAUCAUAAUUAAGAAAA